AUGGAUGAUUUUGAUGUAAAUGGUAUAUUAGAAGAACCAGUUGAUUUUCAGGGUGCAGAUAAUAGAGAUUUUGAAGAUAACCAAAAUCUCAAUUUAACUCAUAAUGAUAUAUUAACUAACCAUGAAAUUUAUAAAAAAGCACAAUUAUAUACAAUUGUAGAUAUGUUAGAUAGUCAAGCAUUAGAAAACUGGUAUCUUCGUUUUGAUCUUCCUGAUGCUGAGGCAAAAGCACGAAGAAUUGAAGAACUUGAAAUGAGAAAUGUCAUGCUUACCACAGAACAGUUAAAAAAGUUUAAAAAUGGUGAUAUGAACAAUGAUAGUAUAUUAUUAAAUCAAACAAAUGUAAAUGCAAAAGUUUAUCCUAAUAAAGGAUUGUUAGAAACUCCACCUCUUGAAAGUAAUUGGAUUGGUAUAUCAGUUGGAGAUAGUUCAGAUCGAAAAUAUAUUAGAUUAAAAGAAAAGAAUAAUGAACAUAGAAAAUUAUUAUAUGAAUGUGACACCAAUAAAGAUGAAAUUGAUCCAUGGAGUACCCUAUUUUCUAAAGUGUAUAAUGAAUUUCAAGAAGAAAAAAGUAGAAUUCACGAUACCAAUAAAACUAUAGAAAGUGUUAGUGAAAAUGGAAAUAAAUUAUUAAUCCAAAAAUAUCAAUGUAAUGAAGGAUAUUUUUCACUAAUUUCUGACUGUUCAGCAAAUAGGAUUACUUUAAAUUGGCUCAAAAUUUGGGAUAUGUAUGUUUUUGGAAAGAAGGAUUUUGUCAUACCUGAUAAACCAAGUUGGAAUGAAAGAGGAAUUUAUGAUGUUGAUGAAGGAAAUGGAAAAAGGCCAAAAAAGAAAAUACUAGGAUUAUUUGGACCUACCGGAUGUUGUAAAACAACAUUAGCUAAAAAUAUUGCCAAACUUUGUGGUUAUAAUAUUAUUUAUAUAGCAGCAAGUGAUACUUUGACUGUUGAACAGGUGAAAAAUAAAAUUGAACGUGGUAUUUCAAAUGUUUCAAUGACUUUUUAUCUAAGACCUCGGGAUGGUAUGGAAACUGAUGCUCCAGUAAAAAUCAAACCAAAUUGUGUAAUUAUUGAUGACAUAGAUUUUGCUAGUUCAGAAUUGUUAGAUUAUUUAUUGAAAUUAUCAAAAGAACAUGGUGAUAAAGCAUUGAAACGUCCAUUAAUAUUAAUUGGUAAUAAUGUUUAUUCUUCAAAUUUAAAAGAAUUGAAAGGAAAUAUUGGUAUUGUAAAAGUUUCACCAAUAUUUUCGAAUCUUUUGUUAAAACGAUUAACAGAAAUUUGUAAUAUUGAAGGGUUUGAUAUUAAAAAAUAUCAAUUGAAAGAAUUGAUAGAAGAAUGUUAUUAUGAUAUUCGUAGAUGUUUAAAUAAUUUGCAAUUGAUGUUUGCUGGUAAAGGUUUUAUUGAUGGGUAUCAAGUUCACAAAGAGGUAUCAUCAGAUUCAUCUGUUGUUAAUAAUUGGGAACAAAUUUUUGUUAUAAAUCGUCAUUGGGAUUCUCAUGGUAAUAUAUUACCAUUAUCGGAAAGACUUCAAAGGGUACAAAAUAUAAUAGAUCGUUCGGAGUAUGCUGAUAGACUUGUAUUUGGAUUAUUUCAAAAUACUAAGAUAAUUAGUAAUAAUUCACCGGAUUUUAAUAAAAAAGUUUCUAAGAUUUUUGAGGAUAUUCAAUUAUUUUAUGAUACAUCUAUGAGAGAACAAUUGUUUUCUUUAUUAAGAUACCGUUCUGCUAUGGUUGCCAAGUUUCAUUUAGUUUGUGCAUUUAAAAAACCAAUUCGUUCUGCUCGUUUAAAGUAUGACUUUACAGGUCCCAAUGAAUAUAGAAUGAAACCUGAGCAUACAUCAAUAUUAAAACACUUUAAAAAAAACAAAGAUUUUUUUGAUUGGUCUAAUACAAUGUUUUUUGAUGAUUUAUUACCAUACUUAAUAUUUAUAUUAUGUCCUAAUGUUAAACAUAUUAAUGUUAAUUAUUCUUCAAAUGAUGAUAUUCAACGAAUUCAAAAAUCAACAAAGUAUAUGCUACAAUUAAAUAUAAGUAUAAAAGAAAUAAAAAACAAUCCAAAUAUAUACAAAGGAUUAAAUGAUAUUAGAAGUAACAAUUAUACUGAAUCAACAAGGUUUGAACCAGAUAUUACAACAAUUUGUGUAUUAUUUUAUGAUUCUGUUUUAAAAAUAAGGAAUAGUGAAUUUGAAAGGAAAAUGUUAUAUGCUCAAUUAUGUUUAGAUAGAUUGGCAAAGUUUGAGAAGUUAAUUCCUUCUAAAGAUGAGACAAAAUCAGGUAAGGAUAAGAAAAAUCAUAUUGCUCAGAUUCUUUCAAUUUUGAAACCAAAUGAAGACUUAAAUCAAAUUCCAUCUAAAAAACGAAAAGUUAAUGGUAACCUAAGAAUUUAUUAUUUAUGGGAUGAAGGUUCUUUAGAAAUUGCUAAUACCAAAUCAAUACGUUUAUGUGAUUUCUAA